AUGGAGCUCUUCCGACUCGCCGUCCCCCCCGGUCCCGGCCGCGCCUUCACCCCAACGAGAGGUUCCCUCGUCGUCAUCACGCACGUCGCGUUGGAGGUCAAAGGGAGCACCAAACCGAGCGCAAACCCCGAAAGAGUGACGGUUUUAGUCAAGAGCGCCGCCGGUGAAGAAAUCGCUCUCGGCUCGCUGUACGACGGCGCCGGACGCGAACAGUUCUCGCUCGGUGGAUCAGGGUUAUGUUUCGGGGAUGAUACCCGAGUCGUCGUACGUCACGGAAGUGCGACGGCGACGGUGUGCUUGACGGGGCGGGUGGAGGCGGCGGACGGCGGCGGCGACGGCUUCAGCGAGAGCGAGAGCGAGAGCGACGAAGACGCGAACGAUGAUGAAGAGAUGGAUGAAGGAAGCGAAGAGAGCGAAGGAGGUGAGAGUGAGAGCGAAGAGGCGGAGGGCAUGAUGGAGAGCGAGAGCGAGAGCGAUGGGACGGAGGAGGUGAUGAAGAAGGCGGCGCGUUUGGCCAAGGCGGCGAGACGGGCGGCGGCUGGCGAGGCGGCGGCGAGCGAGGAAUCGAGCGAUGAUGACGAUGAAGACGAGGACGACGGGAGCGAUGACGAAGAAUCAGCCUCGGAAUCGGCAUCGGACGACGAAUCCAACUCGGACUCGUCGGAUUCGGAAUCCGAGUCGGAAUCCGAGUCGGAAUCCGAGUCGGACGCCCUCCCGGGGUCUAAGCGCUCCGCCAAGGACGACCGCGCGCGCUCUUUCGAAGACGCUCGCGAUCGUAAAAAAGCCGGCAGAGGCGGGGGCAGAGGCGGUGGGCGCGGGCGCGGGAACCAAAAUAAACGAUUCAAUCGAUGA